AUGAAUACCCGGCCAGCAAUCGACGACUCUACAGGGCCUGUGUCUCUUUCCGUUGCCUUCAAUCAGGACAAUAGCUGCUUCUCCGUCGGACUCGACAGUGGCUUCUGUGUUUUCAGAUCAGAACCAUGCGAGCUCCAGGUCUCUCAAGAUUUCAAUGCGGGGAUCGGAGUGGCGGAGAUGCUUGGACGAGCCAAUUACAUCGCAAUAGUUGGAGGAGGAAGGCAGCCAAAGUUCCCACAGAACAAGGUGAUAUUGUGGGAUGAUGCCAAGAAAAAAGCCAUCUUCACCCUCGAGUUCCGCUCCCAGGUCCAUCGCGUAAGGCUUUCCAAAUCCCGCAUCGUGGUGGCUCUUCAGAACAGCGUACACCUCUAUGCUUUCUCUUCCCCACCGGAAAAACUAUCAGUCUUCGAGACCGCAGACAAUCCGACGGGGCUCUGUUGCCUUGGGUCUAAGAUCAUAGCCUUCCCAGGACGUACACCAGGACAGGUACAGCUCGUGGAGAUUGGUAACGGAAACGUUAGCAUCAUACCAGCUCAUAGCACGCCACUAAGGGCUCUGGAACUCAGUCCUGAUGGAGAAAUAGUGACAACUGCAAGUGAGACUGGGACGCUGGUACGGGUAUUCUCAGCCGCCAAUUGCACUCGCAUCGGAGAACUGCGCAGAGGGGUAGACCCUGCGGUCAUCUACUCCAUCGCCAUAUCACCAAACAGUGCUCUCUUGGCCGUCACCUCAGACAAAUCAACCAUGCACAUCUUCGACCUGCCCUCUCUAGGUCGGUCUCGCAAUGGCUCGAUGAUAUCGAACAGACCGCAUCGUAACUCCAACAGUUCCUCCGCCACUGGCAGUGCAGAUGAAGGGAACAAGCAGAAAUGGGGCAUUUUGGGUAAGAUUCCGCUGCUACCUCGGGUUUUUUCAGAUGUCUACUCAUUCACGUCCGCCCAUUUCGAAACCGACGAUGAUCCUCAGACAGACCUUGGGAAGAGGGUAGCGAUGCCAAUACCAGGCAUACCCGGUGGCAAAGCAAGGAAGGGUGUCAUAGGGUGGAGAGAUGAUUACACGAUCCUUGUCAUUGGCGCUGGGAGAGACGGGCGAUGGGAAAAGUUCAUUUUAGGGGAAGGAGAGGACGGCAGGAGGCAUCUCGUCAGGAAUGGAUGGAAGAGAUAUUUGGGGAAGAACUGA